AUGACGCCUCCGAACAUCCCGGUCAUCUACCGGCUGUGGUUCCUCUGGAUCGAGCCGGCCAUGGCGUUAAAUGGCGCCCGGUACCUCUGGGUUCAUCCAACAGUAUACCACGAAUACAUGCCCAUCACCACAGCGUGGCAUCGGGACUCUCGAAUUGUAUACGACCAGCUCGCUUCAACGUACAUUUUGUUUGCAUUCAACCAGGCUGUCACGCUCCGUGUGGUGCACGACGUGCACGUCUGGAAGGUGCUCCUCUUCGGGAUGGUGCUGUGCGAUGCUGGGCACCUGUACGCAGUGUGGGCGGAGGUAGGAACGCGAGAGAUGUUUUCGCCAGGCAACUGGCGCCUUCAGGACUGGGUGACUUGGGUGACGACUGUCGGCCCGUUGUUCCUGAGGCUUGCAUUCGUGCUUGGCAUGGGCCUGGGCCACAGCGGAAGAGGGAAAAAGGGUUGGGCAGCGAGCAAGCCCUUACUUCAGCGGUAA